GAUCCUUGCCAUCAUUACUCAAACCUGAGUGAGGCAAAUCGAAACACAAAUCACCAAGCACCGGAAUCUGAACCGACGUUGUGUGACAACAAACUUCUUAAGGGAUGGUAUCGUUUUGUGGGAGGUGCAGGAACAAAAAUGCAAACAACAGAUGUGCCAAGAAACAGAUGUGGUACAGUCAAGUCAGGGUGGUUGAAGACUGCUCACCCUUCAGUGGAAGAUGGUAAAGUUCUCCGAAUAGUCUGCUUUAGUUCCGAUUGUGGGGAUAGUAGGUCAAUUUUUGUGAAAAACUGUGGAUUAUAUUAUAUAUACGAACUUCUUGCGCCUCAAGGUUGUCCAAAGCGCUUCUGCGGGACAGACGAAACGUGA